AUGAGCGACCUUGACGAUUUACUUAAUUCUCUUAAUGAUACACCUUCAACUAACCAACAAAAUACUCAACAAGAUGAACUUGAUGAUGUACUUAAUGCAUUAAAUGAUAUGGUUGAAAAGAAAGAUACAAAUAAACAAAAGAAGGAAGAUGACUUAGACGAUUUAUUAGACUCCCUUGACGCUAAACCAAAGGAACCAAUAAAACCAAAAAAAGCAGAUGAUUUAGAUGAUUUGUUAAAUAGUUUAGACGAGAAACCAAAACCUACUUCAUCUCAAUCUUCUACUAAAGUCACUACUAAGUCUACUCCUAAAAAAGACGAUUUAGAUGAUUUAUUAGAUGGCUUGGAAGAUAAGCCAAAACCUGUUGCUCAACCAACACCAAAGAAAGAUGAUUUAGAUGAUUUAUUAGAUGGUUUAGAUGAUAAACCAAAACCAACUCCACAACCAGCACAUAAAAAGGAUGAUUUGGAUGAUUUAUUGGAUGGUUUAGAUGAUAAGCCAAAAGCUACCACUAAACCAAAAGCUGCACCAAAAGACGAUUUAGAUGAUUUAUUGGAUGGUCUUGAUGCUCCUACAAAACCAGUUAAUAAUAAACCAGCACCAAAGAAAGAUGAUUUAGAUGAUUUAUUAGAUGGGUUGGAAGAUAAACCAAAACCUGCUACUAAACCAAAAGCUGCACCAAAAGAUGAUUUAGAUGAUUUAUUAGAUGGUAUUGAUUCUACAACACCAAAAAGACAAUCCAACGCACCAGUACCAAUUACAGCUGUUAUAAAUGAAGAUCCAAAUAUUUGUGCUGAAUGUGGACAACCAUUAGGACCACAAAGAAUUACAGCACUUGGAAAGAGCUAUCACCCAGAUCAUUUUGUAUGUAAGAAUUGUAAAAAGCCAUUAGGAACUAAUCCAUUUCAUAAUGUUGAAAAUUCACCAUAUUGUAAAGAUUGUUUCAUUGCUAAAUUUGCUAAAAUAUGUGCACGAUGUGGCAAACCAAUUACUACUAAUUGUGUCAGUGCAUUAGGAAAAACAUAUCACUCUGAAUGUUUUGUUUGUACAAAAUGUAGUAAACCUUUCCCAACACCCUCAUUCUUCCAAAAAGAUGGUAACCCAUAUUGUGAAGAAUGUUAUAAAGAAGAGUGUGCAGCUAAAUGUUCUAAUUGUGGUAAACCAAUUAUUGGAUCAUCUUUAAGUGCUCUUGGAAAGAAAUAUCAUCCAGAAUGUUUUGUUUGUUCAGUUUGUAAAGCACCAUUCCCAAGAGGACAAUUUUAUAACCUCGACGGUAAACCUGUUUGUGCUGAACAUUAUUCUAGUCAUGUAACAUCUACAAAUAUUUGUGGAAGAUGUGGUAAAUCAAUUGCACCAGGUGUUAGUUUUAUUUCUGCUAUGGGUCAAAAAUUCCAUCCAGAACAUUUUGUUUGUUCAUUUUGUGUCAAUCCUCUUACUGAAUCUUCUUUUAAAGAAAAUGGUGGAAAACCAUAUUGUUUCACUUGUUAUGGUAAACUUUUUGGUUAA